AUGAGAUUAGGCUCGCAGUCCUCUGGCAAUGAUGCAUUUUCCAGCCAAGAGGCGGCCUUCAGCAAUGUCGCAAAUCAAUACUCCACCCUUGGCAAGCGCAAUGCUUCCAACGAGGAUUUUCUGCAUCUCGGCGCCAUGCCACAAUUCGAUUAUGGCACAUCAGCACCUGUCAAGACAGUUUUGCCUCACGACCUCGCCAACAUGGAGCGAUCCAUGUCGACAGACAGCCGAAACUCUACAGGGUCUAUGGACAAGCGGAGAAUGAUGCCUCCCAUGUCUAAUGUGGAUAACUCUUAUCCUACAUAUCCGGUUCCCAUGGAGAGGAGCGAGACUCAAGACAGCCAGAUGUCGACACAGUCUUACAACAACAUGUCCCUGCAGCCAUUCAGUGAGCACUUUGUUGGUAUGGAGCGUUCAAUUUCAGCGAGCAGUGCCAAGUCUGCGCAGUCGCUCAAGCUCCGAGCCAAGGAGGCACUUAACCGCCAGAACCUGAACGCAGCGAAAGCCGCCGUUCUCGCGCCGAAGCCUGCGGCUGACAAGUUGAAGUCGGAGCCUGCAUCUGACGCUGCGAGCAAGAAUGGCAAGGACGGCAAGGUGCCCAUGCCAAAGGCCAAGUACGAGCGACCGAAGCACCCCAAGGUCAAGUGUGGUCAGUGUGAUGAGUACCCUGAGGGUUUCCGUGGCGAGCACGAGCUUCGCCGGCAUACCGAGGCAAAGCACCGAGGUGUUGUCAAAAGAUGGGUGUGUCGCGACCCUGCGACGGUCAAUCUCACUUCAGAGGUCGCCGCCGUCAAUCCGCUAGACAAAUGCAAGCAGUGCAAGGCCAACAAGCAGUAUGGUGCCUACUACAAUGCCGCCGCACACCUGCGCAGGACCCAUUUCAAGGCCAAGCCUGCGCGAGGCAAAGGUGCAAAUGCUGCCGCCAAAAACACCAAGGGCGAUGAGACACCUCCUGAAAAGCGUGGUGGGAAGGGCGGAGGCGAUUGGCCCCCAAUGCUGGAGCUCAAGAAAUGGAUGGUCGAAGUUCAAGUGCCCGUUGACGACCCAAGUGCGUUUGAAGGCGCCUUUGAGACCUCCACUUCUUUCGAUCAAGAGGAGAUGCUGGAGUUCGACAUGUCUGAAGACAUUUCACCUGCUGCCAUGGCACAUCUCCCCAAUGGCGGCUUCGAUACUGCUUUUGCUGGUAUGGGGGGUAAUUUCAACGCCUCUGAGCUCGACAGCUUCGACAACGUGUCAAACAACUAUCAGAGCCUUCCGGGUGAAUUUGCCGGUGCCCCUGUCAUGCUCAACACCAUGGAUGGCAUCCCAAUCUCGUCAGGAUCUGCCAACUUUGACUUUAACAAUGGUUCAAUGACACACAACCUACAGCCGGGCAUCAUGACUAUUGAUGGCAACGCCUACCACAGCCCCAAUGUCUCUUCAGCUGCUACUGUCACGCCCGCCAAUGCGUAUCAAGAGCAGCAGUUCUCACCCACAAACACUGCUAUCGGCCCACAAGUUGAAAGUGCAAUUGGUGACCUUGACUUCAACGAAAUGAUGUUCUCUAGCAUGCAUGGCGUGUGA